AUGGUUGAAAUACACUCUUUACAAGAAGAAAUUGGGUUUUUACACCAAAAAAUAGAGACCCUUCAAUUAGACAAUUAUGACUCACGACUAACAUUAAUGGAAAUUGAAUUAUCAAAAAAAACUAUUGCCUAUGAAGAAUUAGAAGAAAAAUAUGUCCAGUCACUAGGAAAACAAAGCGUUUUAUCAAAAGAAAAAUCAUUAUUAGAAACAAAAGAAAAAUACAUGUUAGUUGAGUAUCAAGGUAAGUUACAAGAACUUCAGGAAUGGUGUGAAAAUCUUAAACAAGAAAAUAAAGCUUUGAAAAGUGGAAAAAAAUUUGAUAAAAAACAAAAAAUAACAAAAGACGUUAUUCAACCCCCUCAAACUAUUAAAAAAGAUGAGUCUGUUAUUCAAAACAAUAAUAUCCAAACAAACCCUUUCUUAGAUCCUUCUUCAAAUCAAGAAGUAACUAACACAACACCAUCACUACCUAGACAAAAAAAUAAAGUUGAAACAAACCCUUUCUUAGACCCUUCUCUUACACAACAACCAAUAACUACCCAUGAAAAAACAAUUGAAACUAACCCAUUUUUAGACCCUUCUUUAAAUCAACAACCAAAAACUCCUCUCCAAGAAAACGAAAUACAGACCAAUCCUUUCAUUGAUACCGCUGCACCACAACAAAGCCAAAACACAAACCCUUUCAUUGACGUUACUGUAACACAACAACAAAGUCAAAACACAAAUCCUUUCAUUGACAAUUCUUCUCAAAAAUCAGAUCCUCUUAAUAAAACCCAAAAAAAAGAAACUAACCCAUUCUUAGAUGAGUCAUUGAUAAAUCAAAUAACUCAAAAAAAUUCUGACCAACCUAAGUCAGUUUCAAAAAGUUCUUCACAAGUUGGUGUUAUCAUUCAUUCUACGAGUACAAAUGAAAUAAAAGAAAAACUACCAGAAAAAAAACAAUUUGUAUUAGAAAAACCACAAGUUGUUAUUAAACCAGAAUUUUCAGAAUUUGGAGUUGAUGACUCAUCAUCAGAUAAUGAAAUUAUUACAAAGAAUAUGAGUAAUCAAACAAAAGGGGUCAUUGAAUUAAAAAAGAAAAAUGAAGUAUUAAAGAAAGAAAAUGAAAUAUUAAAAUUACAAUUAUCAGAGUCUAUUGAAAAAAAUAGUGAAUUAGAAUCUGUUAUGAAAAGAAGUAUUGACGACAAAACAACUAUUAUUCAAUCAUUACAAAAUAAUAUUGUUACUUUAGAAAGUCAAUUAAAACAAUCAACAUUUAAACAAAAACAAUUAGAAAGUAAAUUAGAAGAUUAUACAAAAGCUUCAUCUGAAGAAGUUGAAGAAAAUAAUAGAUAUUUAUUACUAAAUGGAAUUUGUGUUGCAUUAAAAAUGGGAAAUCCUGAUUAUGAAAGAACUCAUUUAAGUGUUAGUACUCUUUAUGAACAAAUAAAAAAUAAAAAAAUACCAUUAUGCCAAUGGCCUUUAUACGUUUCUACAUCAUUUGAUAAUGAAAUUAAUGGAGGAAAUGAAGAUGAUGUAGUUUGA